UCAAAGUGUUACUCCAAAACACGUAACAUACAAGAAGCUCGGCUAAGCUAUUUACUCCAAAACAAGGCAUCCCCCUUCACCAUAAAACCUCACUUGUCUCACUCUCUCAGAUCUUAUCACUAAACCCACUCAAAAUAUGAAGAAAGAGGCAGGAUUACCGGUUACCGGCGGAGUGAUCGGAAAUCCUGUCGGAAAAUUCUUUCUAUGUUUCGAAACCAAACCAUUUCUAGCCACACUUCUAACACUCACUCUAGUCAUGCUUGUAUGGAACCUUCAACCUUACUACGACCACCUCCUUUCUCUCUCUUCUUCCUGCCAUUGUUCUACUUCUUUGACAACCUCAAAUCAUCUUCUCAACACAACACUUCCCGCAAAACCAACCGCCUUACUUUCUCUCUCUACAAUCCAACCCGACCCGCGGAAGCUCCCACCUAAAGACCCAAACAAACGCGAGUUCAAACCAUACGGAAAUGCCGCCGCACUUUUCGUUAAAAUGGGUGCUUACCGUGGUGGGCCAGCUACAUUCUCCGUCGUGGGCUUAGCGUCAAAGCCUAUUCAUGUAUACGGUAACCCAUGGUAUAAAUGUGAGUGGGUCCCACAUAACACUUCGCAACCUCCAGUUCGUGCUAAAGCGUAUAAAAUUCUUCCAGAUUGGGGUUAUGGAAGAGUUUACACUGUUGUUGUAGUAAAUUGUACUUUUCCGAUGAACCCUAAUUUGGAUAAUUCUGGUGGGAAGCUUGUAUUAUACGCUUAUUAUUCCCUUUCUCCUAAAUACUUUGAGAAAUUCACUGCGCUUGAAGAAUCUCCAGGGUCUUACAACGGCGCCGUUUUUAAUUCUCCGCCGAAGUAUGAUUACCUUUAUUGUGGGUCGUCCCUUUAUGGAAAUUUGAGUGCAUCGAGAAUAAGAGAGUGGAUGGCGUAUCAUGCGUGGUUUUUCGGAGAGAAGUCCCAUUUUGUGUUUCAUGAUGCAGGGGGUGUUUCGGAGGAAGUUAGGAAAGUUCUAGAACCUUGGGUUAAAAUAGGGAGAGUGACGAUUCAGGACAUUAGAGAACAAGAGAAGUUUGAUGGGUAUUACUAUAAUCAGUUUUUGAUUGUGAAUGAUUGUUUACAUAGAUAUAAAUUUGAUGCAAAUUGGACCUUCUUUUUUGAUGUUGAUGAGUAUAUUUAUAUACCUCAAGGAAGGGAUGGGUUGAAGAAUGUUAUGAAGGAAUUUGAAGGUUUUACCCAAUUUACUAUUGAGCAAAAUGCUAUGAGUAGUGUUCUUUGCUUGAAUGACUCUUCCCAAGACUAUUCCAGGCAAUGGGGCUUUGAGAAGCUACUAUUCAGGGACUGGAGGACCAAAAUCCGAAGAGAUAGAAAAUAUGCAAUCCAAGCCAGGAACGCAUUCGCCACUGGAGUUCACAUGUCCGAGAACAUCGUAGGGAAAACCUUACACCAUACAGAAAGUAAAAUCCGGUACUAUCACUACCACAACACCAUCCAAGUCCUAGAGGAGCCCUGUCGAGUAUUCCUCCCACCUUCGGCAAAGAAAAAGAUCACGGUCAAUGACAAACUCCCAUACGUAUACGACGACAAUAUGAAGAAACUCGUCAACACUAUCAAGCAAUUUGAGCGUGAAACCCUUGGAACUUACUUACAGCUUCCCUCAUAAUCAGGACAUUACCCAAGUCUAGCCAUUAUUUGUGGGGGGGGGGGGGGGGGGGGGGGGAGGGGCCACACGACUCCUGAGGACGAGGAUGGGUUAACGGCAAAAAAUUUAAAGCUGCUAAAUGUGACCCAUGCUAAUCGUGAUAUAUGGAGACAAAUGAAAGGGGGUUGAUUUGAUAUUGACUAUAGCUGAUUAUAAUUCAUGGUGAUGGUUUGGUGGUAAACAAGUUCAAGAUUUAUUUAUGAUUCGGGGGACCAUGCAUUUAGGCGUCCAUAUUAUUAGGUUUUACUGUAAAGAUAAGUUGUCUUUUUUAUCUUUUAUUUGUUCAUUCUUUUUGUGUUAAGUUAUAUAGUGGGUUAAUGUGUUGGUUGUACUAUUACUUCCUAUAGCAAAAGAAAGAUAAUAUUUUGUAAAAAAACGUUUUAUUGCUCUAUUUAUCGAAUAAUAAAACUAUUAUG